CCCUCCUGAUUCAGUCUGUAAAUGCCAAAUGCAAUGAAAGUUUAACGUAUAUUUGUGUUUUUUUACUUCAAAAAGAAAGUAUUUGUUCAUUUGACAUUAAAGUGUAAAAUAUUAAUUAACUGCUUUGCAGUUAUUUUUUUGACCAUUAUUUUUUUUAUUUGAGACGUUUUCCAAAAUGGGAGGUUACAUUAGUAAAUUAUUUUAUCAUGAAGAACAUGAUAAAACUUAUGAAUUAAAUUCAUCAGCUUUAGUUUUGGAAAAUCGUGACACAUGUACUCCUCAACCACAAAAAAAGAAAUCUCUUAUUGACCCCAGAUCAGCGACAUUAGGCAUAACGAGAACUCCAAUUGAGGUAUUAAAUGGUUCUCAGAAAGAAUCCUCCAAUGUAAUUAGUUCUGUACCAAAAUAUUUAAAACGUAAACCAUAUUUGGAAACAAAUUUUGAUGUAACACCACCAUCGAGAACAUUGGAUAAAUGUUUCGAUCCUAGAUCUCCAAGUGUUGAUGUUCCACGAACUCCAAUAACGGUAGAAACAUUUUCCGAUAAUGACACUCCAAAACAUUUUAUUUCAAAACAUUGUAAUAAAACUAAUUUACUGAGUGAAAUGCAUCAAAAAACAUUGGGACUUGAUCCUAGAUCUCCAGCUACGGAUUUUGAUAGAACACCUAUUUUAAAACCAAAAACUCUCGAAAUGGAAAAAAUUUCUUCUGAAGAAAAUUUAAAUAGACAUGAAAUUAAAAUAAAACCCUCAAGAUUAUCAUAUUGUGAAACUAAAAAUUCAUCCGAUAUUAUUGAAAUUAAUGCCUUACCAGAUGUUGUGACAAAUUUAAAUAAUUCACAAAAUUCUACAAAUGAAAUAACUGAGACAAGUUGUACAUCAAAUAGUGGUAAAAACAACAGUAUUGUUACUAUUUUAAGAAAUAAAAAUGAUGCUUCUCUACAAAAUUCAAUUACAAGUUCUUCAUCAUCAGAUUGUUCUCUUGAAAUUGAAAAUAUUGAAAGUAAAAGUGAAAAUUUUGAAGCAAAAUUAAUAGCCGAUUCUGAUAAAAUAAUUGACAAUGUAUUAAACAUUGCAAUGAAAGAUUUUGAAAAUAAAAUUAAUGAAGCUGAAAAUAAGAUUAAAAUUUGGAGAGAUACAUUGAGUCCAGAAACAGAGGAAGAUUCAGAAUAUGACAGUGAAAGUGAAUCAGAAGAUCAUACAAAUAAUCAAAGUCCUAAAAACGAUCUUAUCAUUGAAUAUGAUGACGAUACUAAUGUAUUAGGCACUCUAAAAAAAACUGAUAUUAACAAAAGAAAGAGUAUUCUUGUGGAAAAGAAGAAAAACAAAAAGAAGGAAAUUGAAAUUAAGAAAAAUUUCAGCCCUGUUAAGAAACAAAUUAACGAAAUUAAAAAACCUGAAAUAUUAAAAAAUCGGACACCAUUGAGAAAUAGAUCAAACAGUAAUAAUCAACAACAGGGAAUUGAAUUAAAAUCACCGCAUUUGCGUCGUAAGGUUCUUCUUUCUUCAACAAAAUUUCAAGAAAAUACUCCACCAAGAACAAAAAAAACAGGCUUGAAAUCUAAAUUUAAUAAUACUCAAUGGGAUGGGGAUUCGACAAUUAUUAUUUAAUUUAACUAAUACGAAGUAAUUAAGCAUUAAUUUUUAACAAAAAGAGAAAAAAAAAAAACUUUUGCAUUUUAUAUUUAAUUCCAAAAAAAUACAAAUUUUCGAAUUAUGUUUUAGAGAAAAAAGGAACAAAACAAUUUUUUAGAAAUUUAGAAAAAUUUAAUUAACAUUUUAUAUAAAUAUUUUACAAUUUUUUUUGCAUUGCUUGUCGUAUUUGAUUUUUGGCAAGUUCAAUUGAUGAUUUAAGAUUCUCAAUAGGUCGUAUUAAUUGCGUCACGCUGAAAAUUUAAAUGAAAAUGUUAAUUUAAUCCUGUUUUUUUUUUAAACUAUACACGACAAUAUAAUAAAAAUAGACUGAUUUUUAACCUUGAA